UUAUAUAACCACUUGAAAAUCAAAAUUGUCAAUUUUUAUGUUAGAAGCUAGUUAUUAUUAUAUUAAUUAAUUAAUGUAACACUAGACGAUGGAUUGAAAUACGUAAGUUAAUCAACUUAUCUCAUGGUGUGUCGAUGUCAACAAUAUCAAUAUCAGCAUAAGCAUGAAGCAUCCAUCCAACAAGUUGUAAAUGAAUUAUUAUCUUAUUCGAAAAUAAAAGUCUUCUUAUAGAGAAGAGGUUGAGAAUCAAGACAACAGAAUUGAAGAUAGCAAAAUUUUGCAUCAUAAAAGUUAAAGAAAGAAUAGAAAGAUGGGUAGCAAAAGCAAAGAUAACCAUGAGAGAGAACUUAAGAAGGUUUUGACACACAAAGGUCUAUAUGUUCAAUACACUUUGUAUGGAAACUUGUUUGAAGUGUCCUCAAAAUAUGUUCCUCCCCUUCGCCCUAUCGGUAGAGGUGCUUAUGGAAUCGUCUGUGCUGCUGUUAAUUCUGAUACACAUGAGGAAGUUGCUAUUAAGAAAAUUGGCAAUACAUUUGACAACAUUAUUGAUGCUAAAAGGACUUUGAGGGAAAUUAAGCUCCUUCGUCACAUGGAUCAUGAAAAUGUUAUUGCUAUUAAGGAUAUUAUACGACCUCCACAAAAAGAUUCUUUUAAUGAUGUUUACAUUGUUUAUGAAUUGAUGGACACUGAUCUUCAUCAGAUUAUUCGUUCUAAUCAACCUCUCAACCUUGAUCAUUGUCAGUACUUUAUGUACCAGCUGUUAAGGGGACUGAAAUAUGUGCAUUCGGCUAAUGUCUUGCAUCGUGAUCUUAAACCAAGUAAUUUAUUGUUGAAUGAAAACUGUGACCUUAAAAUUGGGGACUUUGGUUUGGCAAGGACGACAUCUGAGACUGAUUUUAUGACAGAGUAUGUCGUUACUAGAUGGUACCGAGCACCAGAAUUGCUACUUAAUUGUUCAGAAUACACCUCUGCAAUCGAUGUUUGGUCGGUUGGUUGCAUAUUUGCUGAAAUUAUGACCAAAGAACCCUUGUUUCCUGGUAAAGAUUAUGUUCAUCAACUAAGACUUGUAACUGAGUUAAUAGGUUCGCCUGACGAUUCGAGCCUUGGAUUUCUCCGAAGUGAAAAUGCGAGAAGGUAUCUUAGACAGCUUCCACAAUUCGGGAAGCAAAAUUUUUCGGCAAAAUUUCCUCAUAUAGCGGCUGAGCCUCUAGACCUACUAGAAAAAAUGCUUAUAUUUGAUCCCGACAAACGAAUUACAGUUGAUGAGGCACUAUGUCACCCAUACCUAUCAUCACUUCAUGACAUCAAUGAUGAGCCAGUUACUCCCAUGCCAUUCAGUUUUGAUUUUGAGCAGCCAUCUUGCACUGUAGAGCACAUUAAGGAGCUUAUUUGGAGGGAAUCAGUGAAGUUCAAUCCGGAUCCGGCCUCUCAGUAAAUUUUUUUCUUAUUUGUGUGAAUGGAAUGGAACAAGAUGUAGUACUUCAUUCCCCUUGUAUACAAUGUAUGGCCAUUAACUUUGUCACAUUGCAAAGUACACAAAGUUCCAUUUCUUGUAAUCUAAUCCUAAACCAUGUACAAUGAUAAUCAUUUCGAAUUCGAAAUCCAAUUUAAUAUUGUAAGUUACAAAA